AUGCCUCUACCACCAAGACCUCCACCGGUUCCUUUCCCAUCCCGUCUGAAGAAGCACAACGAGGAUCGACAAUUCAUGAGAUUUGCCGAGAUGCUAAAGAAGUUCGAGAUCGCCAUGUCUUUCACAAAAUCCAUCCUAGAGAUGUCAUCUUACACGAAGUUUCUCAAAGACAUACUCACGAAGAAUCGAGUAGUGAAAAAGGAGACGGUAUCGCUCAACAGCGAAUGCACGUUAUGUGAUCUCGGAGCCAAUGUUAGCCUUUUCCCGUUAUCGAUCUUCAAGAAGGCGAAUGUAGGAGAGUUGAAGCCAACAAGGAUGAUCGACUUCGUGGUGUUGAACAUGAACGAGGACUCGAGAGUAUCGAUCAUCCUUGAUCGUCCAUUCCUUAACACUGCAGAUGCAAUCAUCCAUGUGAGAGCUGGCACGCUGACUAUGAAGAUAGGUGACGAGAUAGUGGAGUUUACUCUUGAUCAGAACCUCAAGCAGCCUUCUGUCAUGGAGUCCUCAUACUUCAUUGACAUGUUCGAAAUCUUGACAGAGGAGGUAUUUGAUCAACUGUAA